CUUUUCGCCUCUCCUCCGCCGAAGCGAACCCUUGCGUUCUCCCGAGGUAUCUCGAGAUAUACUUAUGCAAGGUUCAAAAGAUGGGAAAAUAGUUUGUGGGCUUCCAACUCCGCCGUAUAGUGCACAUAUGUGGAAUAUAGAAGAACUAGAGAAAAGAUAAAGCUACGUCAUGGGAAAGAGGAAGUCAAGGGCGAAGCCGCCUCCUAGGAAGAGAAUGGACAAGCUCGAUACUGUCUUUAGCUGCCCAUUUUGCAAUCAUGGUAGCAGUGUUGAAUGCCGCAUUGAUAUGAAGAAUCUGAUUGGUGAGGCCACAUGUAGAAUCUGUCAAGAAAGCUUCAGCACCACUGUUACCGCUCUGACUGAACCUAUCGACAUAUAUAGCGAAUGGAUAGACGAGUGCGAGCGUGUAAACAAUCUCGAAGAAGACGACGGUGCCUAAGCAUCUACUACACCUUGUGAGAAGGGAAGAAAGGACAAUAACCUGCAUGUUUGUGAAAAUGCCGCCUACCCCGUUAUCAUCAUAUUGUGUAUAACAUCAGAAGUUAAUUUUCACCGAUAGCAGGCCCUAAAAUAGUGUUGUAAUUUGGGUGAAUUAGAUGAUAAUCUCCUUGUUCCGACUCUGUAUUAUGUGCAACUAUGGGAAGCUACGAUUCCCGGGUCUUGGCUAAACAGAUGCUGCAUCUUGUGCUUCAGAAAUGUAUGUGUAGAAGUGUUCUGGAUAAAGAAAAGGGUAGUGUGCUUCAUUAGCGAAGUUUAUCGUGAAAA